CCUGUAAACUAUGUAUUUAUGCCUUUUUCUUUUUUUUUGUCUUUGCAGUGGCCCAAAUGGAGUCUUCUGAAAAGGACACUUAUCCACCACCAGACCCUGGACCACUGGCAAAGAGAGUGCUUGUAGCCAUUUAUAAAGAUGGCACUGAAACAUGCAAGAAACUUUUUACUGUUGCAGAUGCCUCACAGCUUUUGCAGGCCUGUCACUCAGAGUUUUCACAUUCAGUGCAAUUAGAAAGGUUUCUCAAGUACAACAAUGACUUCCAAGACUACGUUGACUGUGACACAAGUACAGAUGUUAAGGACUACGACAAGUUCCAAGUAAGGGUUGCGACAGUGGUCCAGCUGGAGUUUAUGGAGGUUCAAAGACCACAUGUGGAAAUCGAAAAGAAUGACAUGGCUGCACAGCUAAAAUCUCUUCUGGAAACAAAGGCUCCAGACGUACUGACUGAACAUCAACAUACAGGCACACUAUCCACCAACAGCAGAAAGAAGCUUGUCAAAUUAAGUGUCUGUGACCUUGUAGAGAAACAUGGAUUUUACCCCUCUACAGCAGAGAAACUACAUUUGGCUAAAUCGUUAACCACACCCUUCCCAUCACUGAAUGUGAUGGUGUCUGAGAGGGAACAUUUCUAUGAUCCUGUAUCGCAUAAAGGCUUCAUAGAAAUGAAGUUACGAAAUAUCAGACGGAAUCUGGAGGAGAGCCAGCGGCGCUACCAGAAGAGAAGGAUGCCUUGUGGAGCAGCAACAGCAGCUCAGCCUUCAGAGGACGAAGACCCAAGCGAGUGGUUGACGGUCAUUAAAAGAAUGAAGCCAUCACCUGAGAAUAUGGGCCCAAUUAAGACCGCAAUGGAAAAGACUUUCAGCCACCGCAGAAAUUGGAUCAGCACCCAGUCACCUACGGUUGCAGACAUAGUCCAACAGUACCCCCGUUUCAUAGACAUCCCAAGCCUGCUAGAUGUGGAGUUUGGAAGAUUGUUCGAUGGGAAGGCAGAGAUGUUCAUAAGGAGGUGGGAGUCGUCCAUUAUCCCAAAACUGAAGCAGAUUGCCAUUUUGGAGAAGGGUGGAGUGUCCUCCUUGUUGGAUCAAACUGGAAACCAGAAUGAUGAUGAGCUUUGCUACAGUAUGCUGCAAGUUCUCACUCACCUGCUUCCACCAACGGCUUCAGGAAGAGGUCCAGCGGCCUCAAGCCGAUGUAGUGUGAAGUCAGCUGUGUCAUACCUACUGAACUUUGUGCAGCACGGGACCAGCAUCCCCUCCCUUUGUGAUGUUGAUGAUGGAUCCUUGAGGCCCCCUCAGCAGAGCCAUCAGCCACAGUUAGUGUGCAUCGGUCAUCUGUCCAGCCAAGCACGCCAGUUUGUCAUUGUUGCCAGAAGUGACAAGGUUGCCAUUCCACUGCAUGAUGACAGCCUAACCUGUGCCCUGGAUAAGCUGUUCAAGUUUUUUUGGGUAUGCAAUGUUGCUUAUCCUACUCAGCUUACUUCAGUUUUCAUAUUUCUCGAGCAUAUCUAUGACUUGCCAGUGUCUAAGACAGCGAGACGAUCCAAAGUGAUGGAACUCAUUGGAAAGCUUCAGGUUUUGGCCUAA